GUUCAAUGGGCCGAAGGUCUCUAGUCCUCCGCUGCUUCGGUCAAGACAGCGAGCGAGAAGACACCUGACCACCUCUAAACCUCUACCAAGCUUCUCCAGCCCUGUCUGAUCCUCUCUUCACGCGCAGCUGAACAACUCCUAGCCUCUGUCAGGCCAGUCGGCAGACCUGCUCUACUCAGCCAGGAGUGACUGAACGGGGAGCAGAGAGACCUUGGUCCCUCUCGUCCAGAACAGAACCAAACAGACACAGGCUUUUCUGAAGGUAAUCUAGAUAGACUGUCCAGUAUGGCAAAAAAGGUGACCCAGAUUUCACGAGAGGACCUGGAGGAGCUCCGGGAGGCUUUCAACAGGAUCGACACUGACAACAGUGGUUUUGUCAGUGACUUUGAGCUGCAGGAGCUGUUCAGAGAGGCUAGUUUCUCCAUGCCAGGCUACAGAGUCAGAGACAUAGUGGAGAUCUUUGUAGCAGGAGACACCAACAAGGACGGGAAGAUCAGCUUUGAAGAGUUUGUCUCGAUCUACCAGGAGCUGAAGAGUAAGGAGCUCAGUGAGACAUUCAAGAAAACCAUCGCCAGGAGAGAAGGGAUACAAUCCUUUGGAGGAUUGUCAGGAAUCUCCAGCGAGGGAACACAGCACUCCUACUCAGAUGAGGAGAAGGUGGCGUUUGUGAACUGGAUCAACAAGUCUCUGGCCAAAGAUGAAGACUGUAAACACCUUCUACCCAUGAACCCUGAUGGAGACAGUCUCUUCAAAUCAGUAAAAGAUGGGAUCCUGCUCUGUAAAAUGAUCAACCUCUCCCAGUCUGACACCAUCGAUGAGAGAGUCAUCAACACCAAGAAACAAACCACCUUUACCAUGACCGAGAACCUGAUGCUGGCGAUAAACUCUGCGUUGUCUAUCGGCUGUACCGUGGUCAACAUCGACGCCCCUGACCUGAUGGCUGGGAAACCCCACCUGGUGCUGGGGCUGCUUUGGCAGAUUAUCAAGAUAGGACUGUUUGCUGACAUAGAGAUCAGCAGCAACGAAGCUCUUAUUAACCUGCUGUUUGAGGGGGAGGAGUUAGAGCACCUGAUGUCAUUGUCUCCUGAAGAACUGUUGCUACGCUGGGUCAACCAUCACCUUGGCAACGCUGGGGCCCAACCAAUCAGCAACUUCAGCCAAGACAUCAAGGAUUCCAGGGCGUAUUUCACCCUGUUGGACCAGAUCUCACCUAAAGGAGAGGACAUAGACGAGAUGGCCAUUCACAUCGAUAUGACCGGCAUCAAUGAGCGUGACGACGAACGCAGGGCAGAGAUGAUGCUUCGCCAGGCAGCCCGUCUGGACUGCAGACAGUUUGUGUCUCCUAUGGAUGUGGUGUCUGGCAACAGCAAGCUGAACCUGGCCUUUGUAGCCAACCUCUUCAACACACACCUCACACACACACCUGCAAACUGUAAUAUGUGUAAUGUUGUCCUAACAGGAGAAUCCAGAGAGGAGAAAACAUUCAGGAACUGGAUGAACUCUCUGGGAGUUGCUCCCUAUGUCAACCACCUCUACUGUGACCUGUGUGAUGCGGUGGUGAUUCUCCAGUUGUAUGAGAAAGUCAACGUCCCUGUAGAGUGGAAAAAAGUCAACAGACCUCCAUACUCUGCACUGGGCAGUAACAUGAAGAAGUUGGAGAACUGUACCUAUGCGGUGGAACUGGGUCAGAAUAAAGCUCGAUUCUCAUUGGUGGGAAUUGGAGGAGUGAAUCUGAACGAGGGAAGUCCCAUGCAUACACUGGCUCUGGUCUGGCAGCUGAUGAGGAGGUACACUCUCCAGGUGUUGUCUGAUCUAGGAGAUGGGGAAAAGAUUGGAGACCAGAUCAUAAUCAACUGGGUCAACACUCAGCUCAAAGAGGGAGGCAAGGACUCACAGAUCAGCAGCUUCAAGGAUAAGCUGAUCAGUACUAGUCUCCCAGUGAUAGACUUGUUAGACACCAUCGCCCCCAAAUCUAUCAAAGAGGAGCUGGUGAAGAGAGGGGAGCUCAGCGAUGCAGACAAGCUCAACAACGCCAAGUACGCUAUCACGGUAUCCAGGAAGAUUGGAGCCCGUGUCUACGCUCUGCCUGAUGACCUGGUCGAGGUGAAACCCAAGAUGGUUCUGACUGUGUUCGCAUGCCUGAUGGGGAGGGGCAUGAAGAAAGCUGACGGCUGAACACACACACACUCAGACACACUAACAUACACUAACAGCCUGUCCCAAUUGGCUCCUUACCCUUUACCCUCUUCCUGUCUCCUGCACAUCUAGUCUGUGAUUAGAUCAGUGUAUAGAAUCAGAGCGCAGGUGAUUGUUCAUUAAACAUUUAUUUCAUACUGAUAGAAAGCGAGCGGUUAUGUGCCUAGUGUGCUCAAGGAGGCACUGAUGGAUAAUUUUAAUAUCUCUAAAUAUGUUAAUGUAUUAAUUCAUUCUGUGGAAAAGAAACAACAGAAUAGAAUUAUAAAUCUAUGUAGUCGAGGGGACAUGAACCCUUUGGUUUCAAUCACAAACACACCUUACAGAACUAACAGUACAGACACACUACAGACCUGUAAAUGUUGUGUAAUUCUCUUGACUUACUAAACUCAAUCGACUGAAGAUAA